UCCUGUGCACGACGGUCGCGCGUUAGAUUUUCUUCCUUCGUAGCAGCAGCAGCAGCAGCAGCAGCAGCAGCAGCAGCGGCGGCGGCGACGACGGCGAUCGGUUUCGCUUUUUCUUUGAACGAAUACACGUUUACCCAUCGACGCACGGGAUACAUGCGUGUGAGCGCGCGCGCGUCAUUCUCUACGUGAAAGAAAAGGUCGAUGACAAUGCAACGAGUCCAAGAUCAAGACAAUGGGAUCAACAUCAAAUUCGGGGCGAGGGAAAAAGGGAAAAAGGGGGAUUACAUGCUCGUGUCGCAGCACUCGGAGAAAGAGAAGAGUAACAAUGUCAAUGGGACCAACAAGCAGAUUAAACACGUAACAGCCGAGGAAGAGUUAGUCCCACCAGAUGGAGGAUGGGGAUGGCUUGUACUUUUAGCGUCUGUCAUGGUCAAUCUUCUCAUCCCAGGGACAGUGAAAUCUUUUGGUGUCUUGUUUGUUGAAUUCCUUGAGGUUUUCGACGCGUCACCUGCUGCAGCUGCUUGGAUACCAGCUCUGUGUUAUUUUCUGUACAGUUCCCUGGGUCCACUUUCCAGUGUGCUGUCAGUGAAAUAUUCCUAUCGAACUGUAACACUUCUUGGCGGAACAUUUGCAGCUGUGGGAAUGAUGUUAAGUUACUUUGCGAAUUCUGUGGCCUUUUUGUGCAUUAGUUAUGGAGUCCUGGUAGGAACAGGAGCAGGAUUAGCUUUCCCGCCAACCGUGUACAUUGUAACUUCUUAUUUUGUACGACUACGAGGGCUUGCAAAUGGUCUCUGCAUAUCUGGUAGUGCACUAGGUUCGAUAUUCCUUCCUCCCAUCCUAGGAAUUCUUCUUCGAGAAUAUGGAUACAGAGGUGCAGUAUUAAUAAUGGGUGCUGUCACUUUGAAUGUAUGGGCGAGUGCUCUUUUGUACGAACCAGUGGAAAAGCACAUGGUGCCCGGUUCAUCGUCGAACAAGUCGAAUGACCGUGACUUGGAAGCCGCCACUGUAACCGUAACUAGUCUCGAAGACGAGAAGAAAUCGAAUCACGUGAUUUCUUCGGCGAACACGAACGAGAAGCCUGCGCCGAUGGUGCCAAAGAGCGCGUCCAGCGUCGCAUUAGAAUAUUACAAAAACACGCCGGUGCAAGGGAGGACUAGAAAGAUCAGUAUGCCGACGGGACGAGAAAUAACGGGCCAGAUGCACAGCACGCCCGCGUUGCACGCGGUCCCGGAGCGCGGCGGAGGCGGCGGCGGCGUCGGCGGCGUCGGCGAGCAUAACAGGUUGUCAAGACGCAAGUCGCCGUUCCAGUCACCGAGCACGUCGUCGUUUAAUUAUAUUAGCACACCGUACCACGGGAGCACCCUUUCCGCCUUACACCCAGAAAGGGCGUCCACGCUGACACUGAACGCGAUCUCGAGCACGUUCACGCGAAAGCCCGUGGACGAGACGACCAAAGACGAGGAGAAGCAGCCGCAGAACAAGUUCUUCGACUGCAGCUUGCUCAGAGACCCGAUUUAUCUCGUAAUCCUGAUCUCGAACUCGACGAACGCGGUCAGCUACACAAACUUCGUUAUACUACUGCCAGCUUAUGCGAUCUCGUUGGGCUUCGACAAGAACAUGUCUUCCCUUCUCCUUUCGAUCGUCUCGGUCUUAGACUUGAUUGGACGUAUCGGGGGCUCCGCUCUCUCCGAUGUCUCGAUAAUGCCAAAGCAUUGGUACUUUGUUGGAGGACUGCUCAUCUCCGGAAUCUCGUUAGCCCUCUUACCGAUCGCGAAAGAGUACACGAUGCUGUCAAUUUACUGCGGUGUCUUCGGCCUAGCGUCCGGCAUUUACGUCGGCAUCACCGCGGUCAUCAUGGCCGACAUGCUGGGAACAGAGAAGUUGACCUCCUCCUACGGUAUCUCUUUGUUCGUCAACGGAAUCAUUCAGCUGAUCGGCCCGCCGAUCUGCGGCCUCGUAUUCGAACAGAUUGGAAGCUACGGGCCAAUCUUUAGUAUCUUAGGUAUCAUUUUGGUGGUAGGCGCGUCCUUGUGGGGCUUCGUGCCGUUUAUCCGUAAACGGCAGGACGCCCUCGAGAAAGCUCAUCCGGUCGAGAAAUUAUAGUGCAUUCGUUCGUGAAAGUUAACUGUGUCUCGCGCGGGGGAAGAGCUUAAAUUGUAUAAUUAUCGUAGAGUAUACGUAUCUCGAUAUAUAAAUAUAAAUAUAAAUAUAAAUAUAAAUAUAUACAUAUAAAUAUAUAUGUAUAUAUAUAUAUAGUAAUGAUUAUAUAAUUAUGAAACACUGUGAUGUUAGAAUGAAUGUUCUGUAUAUACUUCUGGCACUGUGAUGACGUUACACGAUCCACGCGCACAUUUUCAGGUGGAUUGAUAGGGAAACAAUUUUCAAAGAAUAUAUUUUUAAGAAACGCGGCGGUUUCUCUUUUUCUUCAAAAUUGAAAGUGGCUUGCCUUACACACAAGAAAAAGAACUCUUUCGAUGUAUGUUCUUGUUGAUUACUUGAUAAAAACCGAAGGAAAACUAAAGAAAGACAUAGGAAUAAUUAAGUACUUAGUUCUGAAGCGCACUAGUUGCAGGUGCUACUGUAAUUUAAACAAACAAAAGAGCGCAAUAAUAUAAUUUAGUGCACAUAAAGGUUUCUUAAUAUAAACGUAACUGUAAAGAAAAAUGUCAAAUAUUUGUUUUUACACUUCUCUUAAAACGAAGGAUAAGUAUGUAAAUAAUUCCUACUGUUACAAACACUCUUUCGCGGAAGAUAGUCAGUCAAUUUUGUUAUUCAUUCGUUUACAAUUCACCGAAAAAUAUGCCUUAAAAUUAGAAUUUAAGUACUUUACAGUUAAUGAAUUACAUUUAUAAUACUAUACAAUAUGUAAAAUAAAUAAUGAGAUGAAACAUGCAUAUCUUAUUCGUGAUAUCCUACGAGAAUGGUAGGUGAUUACACUUCUCUAGGAUUAAUAAAAAAUGUUUUGUAGUUUGAAUUUUUUUUAUUGAAGGGGUUCGAUACUAGCAUCAUUGAUAAUAUGUAAAUGACAAAGUUACCCCUUCAGUAUGUUUCUAUAAAGUCUAUAUGCGAAAUGUAUAACAAUUAAAUUUUGCUUAAACUAUCAGAA